GAAAUUAUUUAAAAGAUCAAUCCAAAAAAAGAAACCUAAAAAUUAUUCGAAUGGGCUUUUUAAUUUCGUAUGUUUUGCACUAAAUUGAAUGCAAAUAGGACGCAUGUGGAGAGGUCAGAGAGAGGUGACAACACCGGCAUUACAUGGGCAGCCGGGGCGAAAUAAUCCAGAUACACAUCGGCCAGGCGGGCGUUCAGAUAGCUAAUGCCUGCUGGGAACUGUAUUGCCUGGAACAUGGCAUCAUGUCGAAUGGACGCCUCAUGUCCAAGCCCUGCGAUGACUCCUUUCUCACGUUCUUCGAGUUUAGCGGUCGAGAUCCUUGCGUUCAGCCGCGACUCGUUAUGAUCGACACGGAACCAACAGUCAUAGAUGAAAUACGCACUGGAGCGUAUCGUAAUCUCUUUCAUCCCGAGACUUUGAUAACCGGCAAGGAUGACAGCGGCAGCAACUUUGCUCGAGGUUACAAUCUGAUGGCCAGCGAGCUGUUGGAUCGCUCCAUGAAUGCAAUACGCCGUGUGGCUGAUCGUUGUCGCAGCUUGCGAGGAUUUCUCGUCUUUCGUGCCAUUGGCGGGGGAACUGGUUCUGGACUCGGUACACGCAUCAUGGAGAAACUCGUGGAGGACUUUGGCAAGAAGAUGACAAUCAUUGAGUUUCUAGUGUAUCCAUCGCCCUCCAUUUCACCGGUUAUUGUGGAGCCCUACAAUGCGCUGCUGGCCACGCACUUCUCCAUGGAUUAUGCGGACGUCUCCUUCAUCGUGGACAACGAGGCGCUCUACGACAUCUGUGCCAACACCUUGAAUGUGCCCGCUCCAACCUACACGAAUCUGAAUCGCAUCAUCGGUCAGGUGGUCGCUUCGUUUACAGCCACUCAACGUUUCUCAGGUCAAUCGAUGGUCAGCUUCCAGGAGCUGCAGACAAAUCUGGUGCCCUAUCCACGCAUUCAUUAUCCGCUCAUCAAUUAUGCUCCCCUGGUGCCCAUCACAAAUGCCCAGUACGUGGACAUGUCAACGGCCCAGCUGACGAGUCAAUGCUUUCAGAUGAGCACCCAAAUGGUGCGCUGCAAUCCGGCACAUGGCAAGUACAUGGCCUGUGUGCUGCUCUAUCGCGGCGAUAUUGCACCGAAUGAGAUCAAUGUAACGCUGGAGAAUAUUCGGCGCAUGAAAACCUUUAAGUUUGUCGACUGGUCACCGACUGGCUUCAAGAUUGGCGUCAGCAACAUGCCGCCGGUUUAUGUGCCCAACGGAGAUUUGGCGCCAGCGAGUCGAGCGUGUGUUGCCAUCUCGAAUAAUACGAAUAUCCGGAUUGCCUGGUGUCGGUUGGUCAACAAGUUCGAUAAGCUGUACCAGCGACGCGCCUUUGUCUAUCACUAUGUGGGCGAGGGUCUCGAGGAGGGGAACUUUGCUGAGGCGUCGGAGAACAUUUGCCAGCUGGUCCACGAUUAUCUCGAGGUGGAUGCCUCGGCGCCCGGCUCCGAUGUGGAUGACUAACAACGAGCGUAUAUCCUUACAAAUAAACGCCAAAAUUUCGAUGUGUGUA